AGCGCUCUCCACUAGAUGGCGCAAAAACUCACACCAACCCAUUCAUUUGCAUGUGUCGCACUUGUCCCUCCUCACCAUUCAGUCUUCGCCUGCUUCAUACAUGCAACAGCUCGCAUCAGGCGCUACUCUGAGGUGAUGACACUGCCGGACUCUUUCAUCCAGCGCCAGCAGCUGGACGCCAGCAUGGCUGACACCUUCCUGGAGCAUCUCUGUUUACUGGACAUCGACCAGGAGCCAAUCACAGCGCGCAACACUAGCAUAAUCUGCACCAUUGGUCCUGCCUCCCGAUCAAUCCCCAAACUCCAAGAGAUGGUCAAGGCAGGAAUGAAUAUUGCCCGUCUAAAUUUCUCUCACGGCUCACAUGAACACCACGGUGAAGCCAUCAAAAACAUCCGAGAGGCAGUGGAGACGUUAACUUCUGACCCCUUGUAUUAUCGGCCGGUUGCCAUCGCCUUGGAUACGAAGGGUCCAGAGAUCCGCACCGGAUUAGUGAAAGGGGUUUCACACACAAAGAUGAUUUCCUCAAAACAACUAAAAGUAGAGGAGGAGGUGGAGCUGGAAAAGGGCAGUCAUGUCCGAGUGGUGACAGCAGAGAGUGAUAAAGACAAGACAGACGGGAACAUUAUCUGGGUGGACUAUCCCAGCCUGCCCAAAGUCAUCAAGAAGGGAGGCAAGAUCUACAUAGAUGACGGCCUCAUUGGACUCAAAGUACUAGAAACAGGCUCCGACUGGGUGGAUACGGUGGUAGAGGCUGGUGGGGUGCUGUGCAGUCGUAAAGGCGUUAACCUCCCUGGCUGCGACCUGAUCGGCCUGCAGGCGGUCAGCAAGCAAGACGAGGCUGACCUGAGGUUUGGGGUGGCCCAGGGCGUGGACAUGGUGUUCGCCAGCUUCAUCCGCUCUGCCCAGGAUGUCAAAGAUGUGCGGCGAGUUCUGGGGGCACCCGGACGAGAUAUCAAAGUGAUCAGCAAGGUGGAAAGCAGGCAAGGGGUUCAGAAUUUUGAGGAGAUCCUGGCUGAGAGUGACGGCGUGAUGGUUGCCAGGGGCGACCUCGGGAUUGAGAUCCCUGCGGAGAAAGUCUUCAUCGCCCAGAAGAUGAUGAUUGGACGUUGCAACUCUGCUGGCAAGCCUGUCAUCUGUGCCACACAGAUGCUGGAGAGCAUGGUGGCCCACACACGGCCAACCAGAGCGGAGAGCAGUGAUGUCGCCAACGCUGUGCUGGAUGGAGCCGAUUGUGUAAUGUUAUCUGGGGAGACCGCCAAGGGACUGUUUCCUGUGGAGGCAGUCGCAAUGAUGCACUCGAUCUGCAGGGAGGCAGAGGCAGCCAUUUUCCACCAACAGCUGUUUGAAGAGUUGCGUCGCCUCACUCCUCUCUCCUCUGACCCCACAGAGGUCACAGCCAUUGGAGCUGUAGAGUCCUCCUUCAAAUGCUGUGCUGGAGCCAUCAUUGUCCUCACCACCAGUGGCAAGGCGGCACAUCUCCUGUCUAGGUACCGCCCUCGUUGUCCUAUUAUUGCCAUCACCAGAAGCCCUCAGGUGGCCCGUCAGUCUCAGCUGUUAAGAGGAGUGUUUCCUGUCCUCUUCCACCCGCUGCCUGCUCCUGUCUGGGCUGAUGAUGUAGACAACAGGGUCAACUUUGGCAUGGAUAUAGGAAAAGCAAGAGGAUUCUUCAAGUCAGGCGACAUGGUGAUUGUUGUGACAGGCUGGAUCCCAGGGUCGGGUCACACUAACAUUAUGAGGGCAGUCACUGUCCCGUAACAACCCUACCUUACUUGACUGAGAGCCAGUGUUAAAGCCUCUUUAACGCAGAUAUAAUGUAUAAAUGUGAUGAAAACCUGAGAACCUUUAAUAAAAUCAAAACCACUGUCACUGAUAGAUUAACAAAAGCAUUUUUGACAGCAGCAUCAUUGUUAUUUAAACUCAAGGUUAUGGUAAGGAAACACUUGUAAUUGGUCGCACGAAUGUUGAAUUUGUGUUGAACAUGCCUUGAAAGCUGAAAUACUCCCUCCAAAUAAAACUUGAAUCAUUAACUUGAA